CGAUAUGCCUAGGAAUUUCAUGAUCUGCCUGAUUUUACUAUCGGCCGCCGACAUCUAUAUUCUCAUUAUAACGAUCAAAUAUUUAUUUCCGAAUUUCAGCAAAAUGGCCGCCAUCUACAUGCGAAUGCUGGGGUACACGGUGACCUUGACAAUGCAUGGCUGCAACAUGUUCGUGAUGAACAAUCUUCUUCAUGGUCCAGUCAUGGAAGACCCUAACAUUAGGACCUUCACCGCGAUGUAUAAAAGAUUCUUCACUGUCUGGACUAUGUUUCUCCAAAUCUUCUUGGCAUCGCUGGGUCUGACAUCUGACUACCUCACGCUAAAGUACUCCAACAAGACAGAACCUCAUUGGCUUGGGGUUAUUAGGAGCACGAAGAAUCGCCUUUUCGCUGCUGUACUCUGGCCUACGGUUUUUCUCGUCUCCACCCUGUUCUGGUCGCUCUACCAUUACGACCGCAGUCUGAUUUACCCCCUCUUCGCCGACAAGAUCCUCAGCAGCACCGCCAACCACAUACUGCACACGGCUGUGGUUCCGUUGGUGGUGUGGGAACUAGUUUUCCAACCAAGAAGUGUGCCGAAGAGUCAUGCGGUUAAUGUUACUAUGUUGACGGUGUAUAUGUUAACGUAUUUAUUUGUAAUGUAUUACACCUACGUAGAGCAUGGAAUCUGGAUGUACCCCAUAUUCGGCAUCGCAUACGAUACUCAUUUCUGCUUUCCCCUUAUUAUAACUGCGAUUGGCGUUAUGCUGUUCGUAUAUUACCACAUGCAAUGGGUUUUAACUAUGAUAGUUUGGGGUUCGCGAGAAAAAAUCAAAAAAUAACAAUGGUAAAAUCAU